AUGUGUGAUGCUUGUUCCGAUUUUCUUCAACUAUUAGUUUCUUAUGAGGCUCAGUUCUGUUCAGAAACGAAUGAACAGCCUAUUUUAACAGGAAGAGAUGUAGAUACAGUUUUUGUUUACGUGCAAACCUGGCCAGCAAGGCAAUGUAUGUGCUGUUAUCGCGAUCCAAAAAACCUGGAACGCUUCAGUUUCGUCACACAAGGCCUCAUUUACAUGGCAGCUAGUCAGCUAAAGAUCCUUGCAGAGAAAGGUGCCGAAGAAAAUAAAAAAACCGAGCAAUCCGAGGUCGCAACUUCCAAAAGCAACAAAACAGAUGAGGAAAAAGAGAGCCCAGAAGUUAUCGAACGAGACAAACUGUUGAUUUUAGUAUCGAAAAUUUUCCUUUUGAACUUUCCCCUUUAUGUGGCUUACAAACACACGAUUCAAGCGAAAUUAGAUGAAUUAACUCAGCAAGAAAUGCAAAAUUUGAAUCUAUUUUGCGACCUACACGAUUCGGAGAUUCCUAUUUAUUUGCUGAAGAAUGUCAGUUGGUUUUGCAAAAUGGGCGGUCUACUCGCAAUGACUACAUGCUUUACUCAAUUAUCUCCGGAACUGUUACCUAUAUCAACAGCUCACGCUAUGAUCUCUAUUGUGUGCAAUUUAAAAUUAUGGAUGAAUUACAAGAGUAUGGUGUCCAUGUUAGUACCGUUAAGAUCGUGCGUACUGAGAUAUAUGUGUAAACUGUCUGAUCAGGAUUUAAGAACGCCAACAAUAAAAAGCAUGGCAGAUUUUAUGUGGAAUGCUAUUAAAGAUCCUUUGGAUUCGCACAUUGCCUUCGACGUGGACAGCUUGGAUUUAGCAUUCAAAUAUUUUACAUCGAGCACAUUAACAAUGCGUUUGGCUGGAAUUACCCAAAUAAACAACCAAAUCGGUUUAUUAGCCGAGAUUUGCGUUGGCGAAUCCUUGCCCGAAGCUGAAGCUGCUCCAAGACAAAUGGCCGAUUGGUUGAUAAAUAAUAGCAUUAUUUCUCACAUAUUCGGUCCUAAUUUACAUGUAGAAGUAAUAAAACAGAGCCAUAUUAUAUUGAAUUUCCUCGCAAUGGAAGGUAGAAUAACGUGCGAUCACAUGGAUAUCAUUUGGGCAGCUGCACAAUUGAAACAUUGCUCGAAACCCGUUCAUGAUCUACUACCUGGCUUGGUUAAACACCUGGCUGCUGCACCUACAUUACACUUGUACAGUCUUUUAACGAAAUUAGAACCCAAAGAUCACACAGAACAAACUUUAUAUUUGGCAUCGGCGUUAAUAAAAGCUCUAUGGUCAAGAGGUGGCGGUUCGACUGAAAUUGGCCUCAUAAACGUAGCAGCUUCGAAUGCAGGCAUAGCCCUGCACAAAUGUACAACAUCAUCUGAAAACAGCGUUAGUUUGGAUCCCAGUAAUUCAGAAGAAGAACAUGGUGACAGCUCUGCUCAAUCCGAAAGCCGUAAAAGCGAAAGCGAGGAAAUCGACGGGGUGGAAAUCGACGAAGAAGAGAACAUUAUCGCAGAUAACAACGGCCCGCCUCCUUGCAAAUUGGCCCGAAAGCAUGUCAUCGAAAGAGUUCAUUGUAACGGCAGUAGUACAGACUCCGAAUUAGACGGGAUCGCUAUAAAUACUGCUUAUCCCGUCAACCCGAAGUGGUCGAGCCAAGGGAAGAACAAAAGCGAAAAACGAGUGCACGUUCGAAAAAAAGCACCACCAAAUGUUACAGUGUUGCCGGAAGGGGUGGAGAAUAUUCCAUCUAGCACAUCACAAGAUGAAGCUGACACCGAAGAUUCGCCAUCGAAAAUGCGAAAAAGGAGGAAACUGUUGAGAAAAAGCAGAGCAAAAAAGCAGAAAGGAAGUCACAAAAGAAUACACAGGAUAACCGGCUUGGAAACAUUAAACCAAGAAGUCGACAGCGAUAGCGAGAUAAAAAACCAUUUAAAAAUAAUCAGCCACAACGUCCACGUGUUACCAUCACAACUCAAUUCACUGGUCGAUAACACCGUUAAGCCCACGGUGUAUUUAGAAGAAAGUUCAUCAUGUAGCGAGCUAGGAAAAGAAAGCCACGAGAGUACUUGUCCGAAUUUCCUGGCCAUUCAUUCUUCGUCUGGCCACAUUCUGGAAAUGUUGAGCGGAGAAGAAGCCGAAGUGGAAGGAGACGCCGAAGGCAGUUACUCCUCGAGGAUGAGCAAUAAGUCCGAGAAGAACAUGGCGGAUUUCGACGGGGAGGAUUCCGUUUGCGAGGACGAACUGGCCCGAUUGACCGAACAAGCGGCUAUGAACAUUCACGUGUUCAAUCACUCCAUCGAAAAGUCGCCGGUUCGAGUGGAUUUGAGAAUGUCGUCGUGUUUCAAAGUGGACAACGUCUGUCAACCGGGCAACACGUUGUUGUGGGACCUCCUGCAGGACGAGAAAAUUUGCCAGCUAGGCGAAGGGCUGGCCCUCGAAGCCGAGAAAACGUUGUGUAAUCUAAUAUGCUACACCACAGAUAAGGAGAUUAGAAUGAAAUUCAUAGAGGGGUGUCUGAAUAACCUCGCUAACAAUACGUCUGUAAUAGUUUCUCUGCGCAUGCUGCCCAAGUUACUAACGUCGUUUCGCGGUUUGGAUAUGCAUCACGUAACUCAUUGGGCCGAUCGGCAACAUCACAUGAUGACCCAUUUCUUUAAUAACUUGAAAGUUUAUACAGCGAAUCCCAAGAAAUCAUUGCCCAUGUACACUCACCAGAUGCAAGUGCAAGUCCGCUUGCAUUUUCUAUCCGCCGUAUUCUCACCAGUUGUUUCUCCUAACCAUUUUAAGUUAACAACGGAUCAAGUGGAUAUUCUGUGGGAAUGUUUAGCUCACGAUAGCGAAUGUUCGGACGAAUUGUUCAGCUGGUUGCUGUCUCAGACCAAGACCAACGAGUUGUACGCUUUGAAAAUCGACGCCCUGCGUCGCUUGUACAUUCACCAUUUACCUAGUUUACCGCCCGAGAAGUUCAGCAUGAUUUGUCUCAGUCUAUUUCAACAGUUAUGUAGUUUGAACAACUUGUUAACUAACGAUUCGGACAACAAGAAGGAAAACCAGAACGUCGGUAUGGGGCAUAUGUGGAAAAUAGCUUUAAAAGCUUCAAAUACUGAGGUAAGCAUGGCCGCUAUCCAAUACAUAAACAGUUAUUACAUGGGGCACAAUCUCCAACACGAAGGUCAAUUUGUUUGGCAAUGCAUGACGCAUCUAAAAGAGGCUUCGGAGGAUCUGACAGCAGGAAGUACUGGAACCGAGGAGGGUUCUUUGUUAUGCAUACAGAGAGCGCUUUUGUUGAUGAAGACGCACAUAGAAACGUUCAGGAAAAGAUACGCAUUUCAUCUGCGAAAAUGGGCCUUAGAAGGCAGAGGUAUCGGUAGCCAUUCGGCUUCGUUGAGCGACAAACCGAGCACUCCAUUUCGCAUCAUAGUUCAAUCCGGAAGCUCUUCAGAAAGAUGUUACCUGGAUUUGUUUAAUACGGAUUACGUGGCCGAAUUAAGAGCUGAAAUAGUCAAAUGGUGUGAAAAUAUUCAGCAUAUGAAAGGGGAUUCGAACGAAACGAAAACCAAACCUGGUGAGACUUGGAUCAGGAUAAUUACCCAAGGCCAAGAAGUGACUAUCGACUGUGAUGAAAAAACCCUAUCUGAAAUGGGUUUUAAAGACAACCAGAUGGUGUACAUAUCGGUAGGGAUGUCUAGAAACAUGAAAAAGCGAGAGUGCAUGGACGCUCCUUCGUUACAUCCGCCGCCUCCUAGGGAAUGCUUGCCUACAUUACUCUUAUUGCAACCCAAUUACUUUGAACAAUUGUUUUCUUUAAUGCACACGUUAAGUUCGUUAAAAAUUCAAAUCAAAGGCGGACGCCAUUUACCGCACACGAAGGCUCAAGUGCUCAGCAGACGCGUGUGGGAGAUACUCAGUUUGCUACCCACCAGCCCUAAAGUCUUGCGGGGGUUCAAAUAUCUAGACAUACCUUUAUCGGAAUUAUUAGACCCUUCUAGCGCCCAGAAAUUAAUGUAUUCGCUGUAUAUAAUCGAAUCGUUGAGUGCGAAAAUGUACAAAGGUAAAUAUUCGGACGAAGAAGGUGCGGAGGAAUCUUGGACGAGGAAAUUCGUCAAGCACGGCGGGCUUAGCCAUUUGUUCGAUAUAUUUAUGUCAGGUAUAUUACAAAGGGAAGGAGGCGAUUGUUCCGAUUGGCAACAAGACUGUUUGGCGUCGCUUUUGAAAAUCCUGUGCCAUUUGGGCGUCGAGACGGUCUCGCCUGAAUCCGUCAAGCCACGGAGCGAUAAAAUAAUCAUACCGGAUCUCAACGCGUGCUUUUUAGCGUUAAUAGAAGCUAAAUCUAUGAUGGAAAAAAUUACUAGUAUUUUAGAAGAAGCAUCCAGACCUAAAGACGUGAAUCAUUACAAAACCGGUUUCUGGGGUAGAGCGCAAGUAGUGCACUACGCUAUGGCCCUCCUGGUCUCUUGGUUGCAUUGCUGCGAAGAAGCCAGAGUCGAAUUGUUUCACUCCAGUAAUUUCUCCGAUUGGUUGCAACGAUUGGUGUUAGAAGAUCCCGAACCGGCGGUGAGAAGGGAAGUAUGCUCGGCCGUUUACAGAUUAUGCUUAGGCAUACCGGCCAAUCGGGAUCCAUUGGACAAUUGCCUCAUAGCCCCCAUGCUAUCGCACCUGCUGCUCUACAUAGACAAAGCGGAGAACAUGAGGCCGCAGAAACUGGAGGCGUUGCAGGCGCCGGAAGAGGGCAAAGAACCGUACGGGCCGGCCUGUCGCGAUUACUUUUGGCUCAUAUCCCGUCUGGUGGACAGCCUGCCGGACGAUUUGAUUCGAGAGAGUCUCGACGAUCCGCAGAAUUGCGUGAUAGACAUCAACGGUUUGACGGAGAGAGUGGCCCGGUCGAUACUCGACAGGGAUUUCCUCGAGACGAGACAUCACACGGUCGACGACGACGGGUUGAUCGGCUUGUUGAAUUUGAUGACCAAUUUGCUGAAGCACAAAUUCGCCUUUCAAACCGGCAAAACCGGACAAACGCUGUUGUGCGAGGUGUUCAACUUCCUCUUCGCUCUACCUAGCCCGAAGCUUAGGCACGUGCCGAAGUGCAAAUCUCCCAGAUCGAGGACGGCCGCGUUCGAUUUGCUGGUCGAAUUGGUCAAAGGGUGUCCGGAAAACUACGCAAUACUUCACGAUAAGCUGUUGAAACAGCACCAGCCGGGUCCCAACUCGCCUUACCCGUGGGAUUAUUGGCCCCACGAAGACGGUAGAUCAGACUGCGGUUACGUCGGUUUAACGAAUUUAGGAGCGACCUGUUACAUGGCCUCCUGCAUGCAACACUUGUACAUGAUGCCCCAAGCUAGGGCGUCCAUUCUAGCUGCCAACACCGACCAAGCGAAGCACGAGCCGACGCUCAAAGAACUCCAGCGCAUGUUCGCCUACCUCCUCGAGAGCGAACGCAAGGCCUACAAUCCGCGGAGCUUCUGCAAAGUCUACUCGAUGGACCACCAGCCUCUCAACACAGCCGAACAAAAGGACAUGGCGGAGUUUUUCAUCGAUUUGGUGAGCAAACUGGAGGAGAUGACGUCGCCGUUGAAGGAGGUGGUCAAGAAUCUAUUUUGCGGCGUCAUCAGCAACAACGUGGUGUCGCUGGACUGCGACCACGUCAGCAGGACCUUGGAGGAAUUUUACACGGUCAGAUGCCAAGUGGCGGAUAUGCGUAACCUCUACGAAUCGCUGGACGAAGUCACGGUUAAGGAUACGCUGGAAGGCGACAAUAUGUACACGUGUUCGCAGUGCGGGAAAAAAGUGAGGGCCGAGAAGAGGGCUUGCUUCAAGAAACUGCCUCACAUACUUUGUUUCAACACGAUGCGAUACACUUUCAACAUGCUGACGAUGCUCAAAGAGAAGGUCAACACGCAUUUCUCGUUCCCGUUGAGACUGAACAUGGCCGGUUACGUGGAAAAGCAGCUCAUGCCGCAGCAUUAUCAAGAGGAGAAACAGAAUAGCAGUGAGAAUAUAGCUGAAACUGACGAAGAGCAGUACGAGUACGAUCUAAUCGGCGUCACUGUACAUACAGGUACGGCCGAUGGAGGUCACUAUUACAGUUUCAUCAAAGACAGAACGGCGAGUUCGCGAGAUAAAUGGUUUCUGUUCAACGACGCCGAGGUGAAACCGUUCGAUCCCAACCAGAUCGCGGCGGAAUGUUUCGGCGGGGAAAUGACCAGCAAAACCUACGACAGCGUGACCGAUAAAUUCAUGGAUUUCAGUUUCGAAAAGACCAACAGCGCCUACAUGUUGUUCUACGAACGGUGUCCCCGUAACGAAUCAACCACUCAAAGAAGUCCUUCUACUACCGGCGAGACGGGCGAGAACGUGCCCAGCUCUCCCUCGCCGGCGAUGACCAUCGAAUUGAGCAAAGAAUUGGAGGAUUGGAUAUGGCAGGAUAACAUGCAUUUCAUUCAAGACAAGAACAUUUUCGAGCACACUUACUUCAAUUUCAUGUGGCAAAUUUGCGGCUACAUACCCCAAACCAUUUUACCCAUCGAGCCUAACAUCACCCAAAAGGCCGCGCAAUUAUCAACGACGUUUUUCAUAGAAACCUUCAUUCACGCUAAAGAGAAACCGACGAUGGUGCAAUGGGUGGAAUUGGUUACGAAGCAGUUCAACGCGUGCCAGGAGGCGUGCAUUUGGUUCCUCGAUCACAUGGCCCAGGACACUUGGUGGCCCGUACAGGUGCUACUGAAAUGCCCCAAUCAAAUGGUCAGGCAAAUGUUCCAAAGGCUGUGCAUACACGUCAUACAGAGGCUGAAGCAGUCGCACGCGAAGCUGUAUUUGCGCAUGGAGGACGGCAAAGAGUGGAACCGCGACGACGACGGCAACGUCGAGCCGGCGAAAAUCGGCAACGCUUCGUGCGUGACGAGGUUCAUAAAAACCCUGUUUUCGCUGAUGGAACACGGCGCCAAGGCGCACUUGAAGCAUCUAACCGAAUACUUCGGUUUCCUCUACGAGUUCAGUAAAAUGGGCGAGGAGGAAUCCAAGUUUUUGCUGGCCGUCGGCGCCAUUCAUUCUAUGGUACACUUUUACCUGGGCCAAAAGAGCAACGAAUUUGUAGACGUUAGCGAAGGUGAAGAGGAAGAAGAAGUGGUAUCUCUACCAUCGGACAAGUACAAACCGGCGUCUCUGGACAAAAUGAUAACUUUAAUAGCAUCGUUGGUGGAGAAAAGCCGCGAUUCGCUGGGCAAAUUGCAAUUGAGCGAAAAGGACUACGCCGCUAUAGUGGGCGGAAAGGGUUUCACGUUUUUCUAUCAACAAAUCAAAGACAACAUCAACUUACAGCAAACGCGCAAUCUCAUCCAUUCGAUUUGCAAAGGCAACAAUCAAUUGGCCCAACUGAUUAUCUGCAUGAUAUCCCAAGCCAUAUCCAGAAAUUCGGAGAGCUGCCAGCCGUUUUUCAAAAUGCUGACGCUCCUGACGGAGACGAGCGCCCAGAAUUCCUCGCAGCAACCGUGCUUCACGCAACUGGUGCUGCAGAAGGUCUGGGACGCCGCCGAGUGUUGCCCCUACUUGGCGCUGGACUGGCUGGCGCUGCAGGUCACCAGGAACCGCUUGGUGCACUCGUGGGUGCUCGGCUCCAUGGACUCCUGGCUGGAGCACUUUCUCAUCACGCAUAACAAUCAAAGAGUUAGAAAUACGGCUGGUUAUUUGUUGGUUUCUUUGGUACCUAGUACGCCUUUCAGGCAAGGUUUCAGGGCUACGCAUCGUUCUAACCGCGAGCCUCAGCUAUCUUCGGAAGCUACAACGGUUUUGCACCAAAUUUACACGGCUCUCUUAAGACUGUUACCGGCUGCUAAGCAUUAUACAGACAUGCAACAGCACGGCACGAUGAAAUUGACCACCUAUUUCGCGCUAUUGAUGUAUUGUUGUAUUUCGAGGACCGAAAAACUAAUGUUCGGUCAGUAUUUUAUACAAUUGUGGCAUUUAUUUCAUCCGAAAUUAUCGGAACCGUCCAUUCCCGCUUAUCACAACAAACAAACCUUAUUGGCCUUUUGGAAUCACGUGUGUACAGAUUGCCCGGAGAAUAUUCAGUUGAUGUUGCAAAACGCCCACGUCACUAAGAACAUCGCCUUCAAUUACAUUCUAGCGGAUCAUGACGAUCAAGAGAUUGUGAUGUACAAUAGGGCGAUGUUGCCCGCCUAUUAUGGUUUACUGAGAAUGAUGUGCCAACAAUCGAGGGCUUUCACUAGGAGCCUGGCCCAACACCAGAAUUUGCAAUGGGCUUUUAAGAACAUUACGCCGCACCCGACUCAAUAUCCUCAGGCUGUGGAGGAAUUGUUCAAGCUAAUGCAAUUGAUGGUGAUCAAACAUCCCGAUGCUUCCGAAGCGGAACAAAGGGAGAUUUACAGUUUCAGAAAAAACACAUUGAUGACAUACUUACAGUGUCUCGAUGGAAGAACCAGUUGGGGUACUCUAAUAUCAGCUUUUAGGAUAUUACUCGAAACUAACGAUGAUAAAUUAUACGUAGUUUACAACGGCGGAUUACAAAUUGUUUUCGAAUGUUUCCAAAAUUUGCAUUUGAUGUUACACGAAGCCACGGCUUGUCACGUCGUGGGCGACAUGCUCGACAUACUGACCAUCAUGCAGGAUUUGACGCAAUGCAUCAGGAUGUACAGGGAUAGCAAAGACGCCAGGGGCAUCCUGUUGGCGACGAAGGACUGGCUGGAAGUGCUGAGGAAGCUGGCGACAUUGCUGAAUACGUACAAUCCGCCGGAAAUGAGAUCUCUUUGUAUAGAAGUACUUAAAGAAUUCGUGGUGAUAAUGACGUCGGAGACGAUGCACGUUCUCGUACCUUUGCUGUCGCACUGCCAUUCGGCGUUUCAGGAUAGCCAGGACGCCGUGCCGUUGGGUCCGUAUUUCCCAAGGAAGGGCCAUUCGUUGCCGAUAUUGACGAGCAAAGGCGGCGCGAGGCCGCUCAGGCCCAUGGUCCAGAUGACCGUGCCCCACAAUCAACUAGAGUGCAGCAGGGGCGUUGAUGCGGAAUACGAUGCGGCAUUAGACAAAUUCUACGGUCCAUAUCACGAUUUCAUCGAUGUCAUAUUUAGGUUAGCUGUGAAUAACGACUCUGUUCCUGAAGUACUGAUUAAUUUAAGCGCUGUCGUCGGAUUCGAGGCUGUUCCUUUACAUUCCACGUAUUUUCCCAAAUUAUGGUUGGACAUAUACAAGGCCCAAAAUAUCGAUAGAAAAUAUAUAAAUAUGUUAACGAAUUGUAAUUAUUUCGUCGAUUACGUCGACGCUGUGUUGCUCUACGAACGAUCCGCUUUAACGGUGGAUAUCAUUUACGAAUUCUUGACCGUCUUCUUCCCGAAAGUAUCGGCGCACGUUUUAUCGGAACAAACGUUGACGAUGAUCGAUAACACAGUGGUAUCGCUCAGCGAGCAAAUCGACUCGUUGAACGUUAUAAAAGUGGCCAAAAGACUCACCGGAGACGUGAGAGCGUUGAUUUUAGUGUACAAAAGCCCCGAGGCGGUGGCGCCGCCGUUGCUGUUCAAAACGCUGACGGAGUUGCAGAAUAAAAUUAAAACGGAAUUAUCGAAAUUGGAAGUCAAAAAAGAUAAAUCCGAAGAGGUUGCGAGCCGGAGCGAGCCGAAGGCGGGAAGCGCCGCGGCGGGUUGUUCGAAGGAAGGCGGCGAAGAGGCGGCGCCGGCGGAGGAGAGUUCGAAUAAAAGCGGCGAGAGCGAUGCGAAGCCUCAGCGUUCUACCGACGACAAGGGCAAGGCGGAGGAUAAAAGCGGGAAGUUGUUCGGGCCCGUGGAUGAUUUAGAAAUGUUAAGUAAAUCGGUGAACGAGCUUAUCGAAAUCGUUAAAAAGGAUGUUUAG